UCAUCUGGUGGGUGCAGUGUUGUCAUCGAGUGUUGUGUUUUAUUGAUUAAAACAUUAUUAAAAGCGAAUUUCUUCAGUCCCGAACACAAAAAUGACGCUUGCGAAUAGGAUCGUGAUAUUGUAUGGGAGCCAGACUUAUACUGCCCAAGAAUACGCCGAGAGAAUAUGGCGAACCACCAAAUUAUUAGACCUGAAAGGGCCGGUGCAGGCAAUGGAUGACUAUCCAGUUUCUCGCCUUAUUCAUGAGGAAUACGCUUUGUUCGUCUGCUCAACAACCGGUGAGGGAGACGAACCAGACAAUAUGAAGACCUUCUGGAAGUUUCUGCUGCGGAAAAAUCUGCCUGCGAAAUCGCUCACGAAUCUUAAAUUUGGCGUAAUUGGCUUGGGAGAUUCUUCGUAUUCCAAGUUCAAUUUUGCGGCUAAGAAGCUGCAUAAACGUUUACUGCAAUUAGGAGCUCAGGCUUUACAUGAAAUAGCACUAUGCGACUAUCAACAUGACUUAGGCCAUGACGCAGUAAUGAUUCCAUGGCUUAAAACCUUCUUGGGCAAAAUAAAACCGGACAUAAGUGCCCCAGAUAUUGGAGCAUUAAAAUUUGUACCUCGUUGGAAGGUAUCCCUCACUAAAACUGAUGUUGCCAUCAAAGAAAAUGGAAUCACUAAAGACAUCUAUUUUGGUACUAGCAACACUGAUCACUUUGUGAAUCCAUUGCAUUUGGAAAUUGAAAGCAACAAGCGUAUUACUCAUGAGAGUCAUUUUCAAGAUGUAAGAUUAACAGUUUUCAAAUCAGUAACUCAUGAUAAUAUAAAUUAUAAUCCUGGUGAUGUAUUCAACAUUAGGCCUCGAAAUAGUAAGGACGACAUUGCAGAUCUGUUUAAUAUAUUGGCAAGUCAUGGGAUUGAUAUUAAACCUCACUAUAUGCUGCAUGUUGCAGAAUGCCAUGAAGAAAUGCCAGUCCCGCCAUUCUUGCAACAACCGCUACCGCUAUACAUAAUAGCGGAACAGUACUGGGACUUGAAGGCGUAUCCCACACAAUAUGUGUUCUCUCUUCUCGCACAAAUAUCAGAUGAUAAGUUGGAGAGAGACAAAUGUAUUGAGCUCUGUUCAACUGAGGGGCAAGAGGAAUGGCUGAAUUAUUGCAGGCGCCCUAAGAGGACUAUUUUGGAGGUCCUCCACGACUUCCACAAGUCAGCUGCAAAACUGACUAUAGAGGUUCUGUUUGAAUUGUUUUCUACGAUCAAACCCAGGUCGUUCUCAAUUGCUAGUAGUUGCUUGCCUUCUCAGGGUGAAAAAAUUGACAUUCUUGUAGCAGUAGUGGAAUAUCAGACUAAGAUAAAGAAACCCAGGCAGGGGCUGUGUUCCCAGUGGCUUAAAACUUUAAAUGUUGGUGAUAGGGUGUAUGGAUGGAUUAAGAAGGGAGUCUUUAGGUUUCCUGCUGCUAACAUUCCAAUAAUUCUAAUCGGUCCCGGAACAGGGUUAGCCCCUUUCCGUAGCCUCAUACAAGAGCGAGUUAAUCUGGAUAUAGCCGACAGAAACAUUAUACACCUUUUCUUUGGCUGUCGGUACAAAGAGAAGGACUUCCACUGCAGGGAGGAAUUGGAGGGGUGGGAAAAGGAGGGGAAGAUAUCAUUGUAUUGCGCCUUUUCGAGGGACCAGGAGGAUAAAGAGUACGUACAGCACAAAAUUGCACAAAACAAAGAAAUACUACGCAGUCUUAUUAUCAACGAAGGAGCAUACAUUUACAUAGCUGGAAACGCUAAAAACAUGCCCAAUAAUGUAAAAGACGCUUUUGUAGAUGAAGUUUUAUCAGAAAUAGAUGACGCUAAGAAUUUCAUGCAAAACAUGACAAAUUCUGGAAGAUUCCAAACCGAAACUUGGUGAAGGAAUUCAAAAUGAAUGCCUUGAAGAUAUUUUAUGUAUUACAGCCCGUUCACACAUGGGAGUCCGUUUAACUUGAACGUUUUUAACGGAUACGUCAUAAAUUUAUUGUCUGUUCACACAUAGGCACCGUAUAACGUUCAACGGAUCCGUCAUUACUGGAUCGGAUGUGUGAACAGAAAUCUCUCGCAGUAUACCGCCGUUAUUCUAUAAAUCAAUGAUUAUAAUAAUUAUUACACACAAUGCACGCACGCGUUCUCUUUGAAUGUACAAUAAAAAAUGUGAGUCAAAACCUGUCGCAUCACUCCCCCUUCUACACCCCGCACACACCGCUCUUCACGCACACAGGACCUAUCCGUUAAAAUUCUACGUUUCCGUAUAUUUUUACUGUUCUGUCGUCCAGUAUUCGAUGACAAAACGGAAUGUAAUUUUUUUACGGAACGAUAUUUUUUACUGUAUACAGUAUACUGUGCCAUGUGUGAAGUCGCUCAUACAAUUACAUACGCCAUCGACGAAAAAAAAACGUACACGAUAAAACGGAACAGUAAAACGGAGACAUGUGUGAACGGGCUGUAACUUAAUCACUUUUAAGUAGAUUGGUUGUUAUUAAGUUAUUAUUUAUGUAGGUGUAAAUAUCAAUAAAAUGCUUAUUAGAUGAA